AUGGAACAGCAAUCGGGUACACAGGAAGAGUACAAAUUUGACCUCCUGUUUUUCAAGCGAUUUUUUAGACUCAUCAGUUUUAUGUUCCCAGCUUUCUUCAGCCUUCCUGUUCUUCUCUGUACUUUUCUUUUGUGUCUUUCACUCCUAGAGCAAUUUGUCAUCAACAAAAUUGGUUUGUUGCCAUCAAAUUAUUACACAGUCUUGGGCAACAAAGACAGAGAAAGUUUUAAAGACCUUAUUUUAAAAACACUUCUAUUUAUUUUAACAGAAGCUUUUCUCAGUAGUACUAUUACGUAUGUGACAUCAAUACUGCACAUUUGGUGGCGCCAACAGUUAACCACCUCUCUUCACAAGGAAUAUUUCACUGAUGUUCUCUAUUACUAUGUCAACAUUCUUGACAAAAAUGUUGACAAUCCGGACCAACGAAUUGCUGAGGAUCUGGACAACAUGUGCAACAUUUUUAGCCAAAUAUUUGCUCCUGUUAUCAUUUCACCUUUCAUUACCGGAUAUUACAUUUGGCAAGUUGUGAAAAUGACUGGUUACCUGGGUCCAGUCAUUGUUGUCGUUUUCUUUCUGUUUGCUACAAUUAUUAAUCAAUUUCUUAUGUCUCCUGUUGUCAAUUAUGUUUACAAAAAAGAAAAAUUUGAAGGGGAUUUCCGAUUUAAACACAUGCAGAUCCGAGUAAAUGCAGAAUCAAUGGCCUUUUAUCAGCCUGGCAUGACAGAACUUUCUAAAACCAAUGCCAAAUUAUUUGACCUUCUUGAAGUUCAGUACAAACUGGCCCAGAGGAAAUAUGCGCUCACAUUUUCUGUCAAAUUUUAUGACUACAUUGGGUCUAUUCUGAACUACAUUAUAUUAGCAAUUCCAAUUUUUACUGGCCACUUUGAUGACCUGACACCAGUUCAAUUAUCUGCUCUCAUCAGUUCUAAUGCAUUCAUUACAAUUUACCUGAUUAGCUGCUUCACAAAACUCAUCGAUCUUUCAAGUUUAGCUGCACAAAAUGCUGGACUUGCCCAUCGUGUUUCCAUUCUGUUUGAGGUCUUAAAAAAGCAGAAAGGUGACCAAAUUCGAACAUUUGACUCCUUUUCUUCUUAUUCAGAUGAAAGAUUUAAUGUGCCAGACAAUGCUGAAAAUGAUCAAAAUGAUAUUGCUCUUAUCUACAGAGAACCAAUUGAAAUCAACAGAACCACAGAUUCCCAUUUAGCUGUCUCAGUCAAAAAUCUCACUUACUGUAUCCCAUCAUCAAGAGAAAUCCUUUGUCAAAAUUUAACAUUUCAACUUGAGUCUGGAAUCAACAUUCUAGUCACUGGUGAAAGUGGAAGUGGAAAAAGUUCUUUAAUCAGAAUGAUUAAUGGCCUUUGGCCAGUUACAUCAGGCCAUGUUAAAUGCUACAUUCAUUUGGGUACAAAAGGCAUGAUGUUUCUUCCACAAAAACCUUAUUUCACAAAUGGAAGCUUGUUGCAACAGAUUAUCUAUCCUGACAAUGAGGAAAGUUUUAGUUAUGAUCCUGUAGUUUGUGAUGAAAUCUUUCGCUAUUUAGAACAAGUUCAGUUGCAAAGUCUUGUAUCAAGAGUUGGUCAACUGGACAAAAAAUUAGACUGGGACUGGUACAAUGAAUUAUCCCCAGGACAGCAGCAAAGACUUUGUUUUGCAAGGUUGUUUUAUCAUAAACCUAAAUAUGCUGCACUUGAUGAAUCAACCAGUCAGAUCAGUCUAGACGCUGAACGAGUAAUUUAUUCUUUGUGCAAAGAAUUGCAAAUAACAUUUAUCAGCAUUGGCCAUAGACAUAGUUUACGGCAAUAUCACCAAAUAGAACUUCAUUUAGAAGGCAAUGGUGGCUGGAAAAUGGAAUCCAUUGAAUCAUAG